AUGGAGGUCGCGUAUCUCGCCAAUUCAGAUGGCAGUCCUCACCGGCUAUGGGUUCUAAGUGCAGCAGAUAGUUGGGAGUUGUUCAUAAGAAAGGUAUUCGGAGCUCCAUCAGAAGUAAGUAGUACUGAUACAUCUACCUCUGCUACUACUAUUACUACUACUACUUCUGAUGCCAUGAAGUACUUGCGCAUCCCUCCUCAUUUGGAAGUUAUUGGAAGAAAGAUGGGGCUUCCUUGCCUUCUGGAACUCUUUCCAAAUGAGAUCGAAAUCCCUACAAGGAGGUUUAUUCUGUCAUGGGCUGCAGAGGGCUUAUUCUUUGGACAACACUAUGGUGAACUUGCAGAUGAAGAAGUUGCAGAUGACUGUCUACAACAAUUGUUACAUUUUGAUGUAAUCCGAACAGUAAAAGUGAGCUCAAAUGGAAAUGCCAAGACAUGCAGCAUUCCCUGUGAUCUGCCUAAGCACAGGGUUUUAAGUACUAAUAUUGCGCGCAACUCUUCUCAUGAUGAUCAUCGCUGCGUUUGGUUUCAUUAUCCAGAACAAUCUCAUUCUCAUCAACCCCCUGAGAAUCCAGAGCAUGCUACUCAUUCUGAUGAUCACCCUGAUCAUGAUCAUGGUAAUGCAAAUUUCUGCAAAACACUCUUUUCAUUAUGGUGCUUUAAUUUUCCAGGAGGAUAUGAAGCAGGACAGAAAGUAGGGCUUUUUCUUGGGAGAUGCAUUAGUGAAGGUGGAUUGAAGUUUCUUGGGGUGCUUGAUCUAGAAGGUGUGUUUAGACCUUGCCUCCCUGAGGAAAUUGGAGAGCUAAUCAACUUGAGGUACCUUGGAUUGAGAGAGACCUACUUGGAGACACUCCCCUCAAAUGUAGGCAAGUUGGUGAAUCUCCAAACUCUUGAUACAAAACACACUUAUGUCCGUAAUUACCAUCGUUUUAUUCAGAAACUGAAAAAACUAAGACACCUUCAUCUGAACGAGGGACAACAUUCUAGUGAACUUGUUUCACGGUUGAAUCACUUGAGUGAUCUCAGGACCUUGUCUGGCAUAGUUGUAGAGGAGUUUGAUCUUUUUUAUCUUCUUCGUAGGUUAACUAAACUCAGGAAACUGAGAUUCACAUGUCAGCUCAAUCCACAGAGAAAAGCAGGGACAAUAAAAUUUUUGGAGCAAUUGGAGCAACUCCGUUCAUUAAAGGUCCCUUCUGUUGUCCAAAGGUCCCUACAGAAUGCAAAGCAAGAUGAUGUGGAGCAGAAAUUGGUGAAGGAUUUGGAGGGAAUAGUUCGUGAUGCAAAAGCUGCUAUAGUGAACCAUGCACUCAGCUUGACAGCGCACAAGAGGAGGGAGGGGAGAGAGAGGAAGGGGAAGAGGAGAGACACAUUGUUUACGAGGUGUGCAUUCCGUAAGAGAGUUGAAACAUUGUUUAAGAGGUAUGGCUUCAGUAAGAGAGUUGAAACAUUAUUUACGAAAUGUGGCUUCCAUAAGAGCGAUGCCCGAUGUAAAUUGGAAUCACAGAAAAGUAUGGAGUCAGAGAUCCAUGAAUUGCAUUGCAAGCUUGCAAAAUUGUCUAGCAAUUUCUCAAGAGACUAUGAAGCAGGAGAAACUUCCCAAGGAAAUCCAAAUAAAGUAGCAGCAGGGGAAGAAGAGUCAUCAUCCCAUCCUCAGGGGAAGCAGCUGUCAGAUUGGAUACGAUCUUCUGCUGAUUAUGAUGAAAGAGAGGAGGAUAUUAUCAUCGGUUUAAAACAUGAUAUGGAGUUACUGAAAACACGGCUGUUGGACAAGAAGAAAAAUCAUCUUUGGGUUAUCUCUGUUUUUGGGAUCCAAGGCAUUGGAAAGACAGUUUUAGCAUGGGAGGUUUACAAAAGCAGUGAUGUGGAUAACCAUUUUCCUUGUAAAGCUUGGGUUUGUCCAUCUGCUGUGGGAAAUCAUGAUAAGGGAGUGAUUUUGAAGAAAAUUGGCAAACAAGUUAUGAGACUCCAAGAAGAUCAAGAGACAACUGAUGAUGGUCAUGAAGGAGGAUUGCAGAAGAGGCUGUGUGAAUUCUUGAGGGCUAAGAAGUAUCUUAUAGUCAUUGAUGAUGCACCUGGUACCAAAGUCUGGAAUGAUCUGAAAGAAGCAUUCCCAGAUGGACAAAAUGGGAGCAGGAUAAUGCUCACAACCCGUGAUGUGGAGUGCGCAUAUCUAGCCAAUUCAGAUGGCUUUCCUCACCAGCUAUGGGUGCUAAGUGCAGCAGAUAGCUGGGAGUUGUUCACAAGAAAGGUAUUCAUAGCUCCCUGGCAAGUAAGUACUGAUGUAUACACCUCUACUACUUCUCACACCAUGAAGUCACGCAUCCCUCCUCAAUUGGAAGCCAUAGGAAGAAAGGUGGUGAAAAAAUGUAAGGGUAUACCACUGUUCAUUGUAGAAUUGGCAGAUCUAGUGUCAAGUAUACCUACCAGCGUUAGCGAGUGGUCAAGUGUGCUUCAUGGCGCAGAUAUGUGUCUCAUCGAAGAUGAUGCCCACAGGUGCUUUUAUCGAUCAGGCUUCCUUUGUCAGAUGAUAUCUUCUUCACAUGUGAAGCAAGUGCUUCCUUUCCUUUGUGGCCUCUUUCCAACUAAGAUCGAGAUCCCUGCAAGGAGGUUUAUUCUGUCAUGGGCUGCAGAGGGCUUAUUCUUUGGACAGAGAUAUGGUGAAGUUGCCGAGGAAGAAGUUGCAGAUUACUGUCUACAACAGUUGCUACAUUUUGAUAUAAUUCGAACAGAAAAAGUGGGUUCCAAUGGAAAUGCAAAGACAUGUAGCAUUCCCCAUGAUCUGCCAAUGUCCAGGGUUUUAAGACUUAACAAUGCCCCCGACAUUUCUUGUGAUGAUGAUCAUCGUUGCGUUUGGUUUCAUGAUCUGGACACAAACCAUCCUCAUCCUCCUGAGAAUUCAACGAAUGAUCAUGAUAACCAGCAGCAGCAAACCGUUUGGUGCUUCAAUUUUCCAGCAGGAUAUAGACCCGGGCAGUUCGUAGGGCGCUUCCUCCAAAGAGGCAUUAGUAAGGAGGGUGGGUUGCAGUUUCUUGGGGUGCUUGAUCUAGAAGGUGUCGAUAAACCUUGUCUACCUGAGGAAAUUGGAGAGCUAAUCAACUUGAGGUACCUUGGAUUAAGAGAGACCUACUUGGACACACUCCCCUCAAGUGUAGGUAACUUGCUAAAACUCCAAACACUAGAUACAAAAUGCACCUCUAUCCGUAAUUAUCCCGAGUCUAUUCAGAAAUUGAAAAAACUACAACACCUUCAUCUAAACGAGGGACAAUAUUCCAAUGAACUUGUUUCAUGGUUAAGUCACUUGAGUGAUCUCCGGACGUUGUCUGGGGUAGUUAUAGAUGAGUUGGAUCUUGUGAAGAAGGAUCAUGGCCUUUGUCGAUUAACUAAUCUCAGGAAACUGAGAUUCGCAUGUCAGUUCAAUCAACAGCCGCGAAAAGAGAAAGUACAGGGCCAUUGGUUGGACGGAUUGGAGCAUCUCCGUUCAUUAAAGGUGAACGCCAAAAACCAAACUAUAGCUGAUUUGGAGUUUGUCACCAAAAACCAGGAGCUCACCAAUCUAUACUUGCUAGGAAGGUUGAAUGGACUACAAUUUGAUCUCCAUAAUAAAUUACCAGAAAAUCUCACCACGCUGACAUUAUCAGGAUCUGAGCUAACUGGAGACCCAAUGCCAAAAUUAGAGAAGCUACCCAAGCUACAAUUCCUUAGGUUAUGCUCUAAAUCUUUUAAGGGUCAGAACAUGGUUUGUUCAUCAGGAGGGUUUAGUCAGCUUCGAGUCUUAAGGAUUUGGAAGCUUGAAGAACUCCAGGAAUGGAGUGUGGAAGAAGGAGCAAUGCCAAACAUUGAGGAAUUAAAGAUUAGAACUUGCAAUAACUUGAAGAAGCUUUCUCGAGUACCAAAGACCCUCAAUGAAUUGAAGUUGACCAAAAUGCCAGAGGAAUUCACUAAGAAGUUUGUCAAAUAUAAAGUCUGCAGGGUUGUCAAAGAUUAACAGGGUAGUUUGCUCUGGUCUUGGAUUUCU